AUGUCUGCUGCUGUUCAAAUCCCUCGAUUCGAAGUCGACCAGGUUGAUGCUGCCAAAGCGGCGCUCAACAGUGUAGGAGUGGCCCUCUUUCCACACGCGGUCGCCUCUCUUCCAGAAUUCUCCUCGCUCUCUCGGCAGCUUAUCGGCUCGCCUUACUCUUACAAUGGUGGUGAAUUUCGCGCCGCGCAGAUGGACAGCCCGCUCUCUUACGUGAAGGCGCUGAUUCGCACCUUUGGCAAGAAGGGUCGUGCAGUCCUCUCGGCAGACGUCUACGAGGCGAGCAAUGUCCCGCGACACGUCUAUCUGCCCCCUCACAAUGACAUGACGUACCGGGAGUCUUGGCCCGCACUGAUCAUGCUGGGCACGACCAAAGUCGCAUCCACCGGUGGACACACGCCUGUGUUCGACUGCGUGGCUGCGCUGGCCCACCUAUCCGAGUCUGUGCGAGAGAAGCUGCGCACGCUGGGUGUCCGCAUCACCUGGACAGUGCCGCAGUACCCCAACAAGGACAUGGAAGCCGAUCCAGGUCCUUUUGCAACCCCGACCGGCUGGACCAAUUUCUUCGGUACCGACGACGAAAGUGAGGUCAUCGAGGUGCUCAAAGAGCGCGGUAGCUCCAGCUGGGAGUUCAAGGAUGGCCCAGAGGAUCUGGGCAAGGUGGUGUACCAACAUUACAACUGCCCAGGCACCCAAGUCCACGCUUUGACUGGCAAAGAGACGCUCUUUGCUAGCCCGCUAGCAUUCCACUUUGCUGCGCGCGAGUGGUGGGCCAGCAAGUAUGGCGGACCAAAGUCUCUGGAAGACUUUCAGCACUUGCGAAGCAGAACGCACCUCGCAGGUCGACCUGAUCCUCAAUUCAUCCUCGUCUCCUACGGCGAUGGAAGCGAAAUGACUGCAGAAGAUGUGGCCGACAUUUGCCGCGCAGUCGAUGAGAGCAAAGUCGACUGGUCGUGGGAGAAGGGAGACGCUGUCAUCCUCGACAACCAGCUGUGGGCCCACGCUCGCGAGCCUUACACUGGCGAGCGCAGCGUUAUGACUGCCUUUGGAGAGCGCUAA